AUGCCUCUCUUCGACGCACGCGACGUCCUCUCCUUCCCCGGCGGGAACAACGCCAGCGACACCGUCAUCGCGGGUAUAAACUUCAAUCUCACAACUCUCCAGCACUGGAACUACACCCUCUACUCUAACGGCACGCUCUCGAAUAAUUCGAACUGCUUCCUGACCUUCGAGUCAUACACCCCCCACCUCCUCCCCAACGGCACAUUCCUCAACACAACAUCAUGCUAUAGCCCCUUGAACGGACUCGGGAACCGUGCGAAGCCCGGUAUUGCUCUAGGCGUUUUCUUUGGUCUCAGCCUUGUCUUCACAAUGAUCACCUGCGCAAGCACGGCAGGCUCUUCCUGCCAUCUGAGAAGAGGUUCCACGCCAUCGGACGCCGCUGGCAAUGGGUGUGGGAUGGCCAGCGGCUUCACCAGCGUCGAUGUCGACCGCUACUACCUCCCCGAGUGGCCGCUAAUCCUCAACUCCAUAUUCUGGUACCUGAUGAUUCCCAGCACACUGGCCAUCGUGUGGGAAAGCGUGCGCCACUGGGGCAGUUGGCAAGAGCGCCAACUCAUCGACCCAGACCCCUUCAUACUAAGCCAAAACGAUAAAAGAGGCCGGAGGGAAUUCUAUAUGCCCCUCGUCUUCUACGGCUUCGGUUUCCUCCACUUCUUCAUGGCCGUCCCCCGCAACUGGACACCAAUCUCCUACCAACGCUCGCCCUCCCAAUCCCUCCAAGUUGCCGCCCCCCAAGCCACAGACGGCCGCUUCAAAGCCGGCGCCAUCUUCCUCUUCUUCGCGUGGCUCACGAUCCUCUUCUCCCUCGCCCACUCCAUGCACUACUACACCCCCCGCCCCUCCCUCCUGCGCACCCUCGCCUCCACCCCACCGGCUUUCCUCCUCACCCUCCCGCUCUCUCUCACGAUCGUAGCGUACCAAUUCCUCGCCGCUUUCUCGUUUGCGCAUAGCCCGCUCAACCUCUCCGCUUCCCCGGCGAUAAUUUAUUCCUUGGGCUGGGCGCCAAUCGUGCUUAUCUUCAUCAUCUACGAGGUGGCUGGGUACACGUACCCCAACGAGGACCGCGAGCUGAUCCGCCAGCGCCGCCUCCGCGGCCAGGAACUCGAUAGGGAGAUGGGGUAUAACCGCAAACCACCCUGGUGGCGCCGUCUCAACGGUAACCACAACCUGACUGUCCAGCAAGCCCUAGCGAGGAACGCGCAGGAAGUCAGCGGUGCCCCAAGGGCCGCAGAUUGGUCAGCAAAGGACGACGUAGAAAUGUCCCCCCUCCCCUCAAAACGCAAUGCCGAACGCGAGGUGCGGAUUGACAACACCCCCGCUGGCCGCGCCUUAGCGCGCCACGAGAGUCGCAGGGAGGCAGAGCUGGAUGAGCGGGUGCGAGAGGCUGCUAUGGCACUAUUCACGCCGCCUGGGGGGCCGGGGGCGGGGACGGGGGUGGCGUGGGAUGAGUGUGGAAGGAGUGGGAGUACGGGGAGUGUGGCGUCGGGGACGACGAUUGUGGGGGCGAAGCCGCAGGUUGUUAGGAGUAUGUUGGAUAUUUAG